GGCCGUGACGUCACCACUACACGUUGGCGUGGAGUUGACAGUCGGGGCGCGAGCUCUCAUACACCAACAUAACCUGCGACGACAAUAACAUCAACACAUACGCGCGCGCGGGAGCAUGGCGUCUGUGAGCUUCGUGGGGCAGCACCCGGGCUCACACUCGGAACCGAUACUCCGGGUCUUCAGAGCGACGGGCAGCAGGAAGAAAGCGCCGCUGCCGAGGAUGGUGCUCCGGAGGGGCGACCCAGACGUGCCCCUCACCGCUGCACCGGCUCCGUGCGGCGCUUCGGUGACCCCAGCUUCAUCAUCGCGGAGGCUGGACCACAGCUGUGACCAGCACUCCACCACUCCCGAGCAAGGCGGCACAGGUGGCCGCAGGCAGACCUCGCUCUCCGGCGGCCACCGACGGCACCGGAACGGCCUCCUCCUCGGUCACCCGAGCGUCCUGUCCGGGGAAGUCCGGGAGCAGAGCCUUGGUCCUCCGCUGGAGCGAGUCACGCAAGCCAGGAGCGGCGUGGUGAGGCUGGCCCGCAGCGAGCCCCACCGCCGGGAGGCCUGGUCCAUCUUCCCCCGGGGGGUGGACCCCAGGGUGAGGACCGAGACUGGGGAAGGUCAUCGAUUUGAGGCCAAGCCGGUGAGCCAAGAGUGGUGCGACGUUUGUGGCCGCCAGAUUAAAACACAAGCGCUGGAGUGCCAGAACUGCAGCUACACGUGUCACCUCGAGUGUGAGAGUCACAUCCAGCUGGACUGCAACCAGAGGCACAGAAAGCCGGAGGAGACUCCGUCCCCCAGAAGACCCUUCUCUUCAGCCCGAUGCACAAGAAAUGAGUCGAAGGAGGAAGAGGAGGGAGGAGCGAGCGAUCUGUCGGAGGAGGAAGUGCGGUGCAGGAUAGAGCAGUACAAUUCCCAAGUGUCUGAAAAUGGCAUGAACCUGGCGUCAGACGGCUCGUACACUGGCUUCAUUAAGGUCCACCUGAGACUGAGUCGACCGGUGACGGUGCCGGCGGUGGACUCAGGGGACACAGAAGGAGUGGCCAAACAGAAUCAGGCUCCUCCGGACGCUGCGGGGGAAGCGGAGGGUGACAGGAGAACGUCCUUCUAUCUACCAUGUGACUGUGUGAAGCAGCUCCACAUCAGCUCCCUGACCACCACCAGAGAGGUCAUCCAGGGCCUGCUGAAGAAGUUCAUGGUUCUCGACAAUCCUCGGAAGUUUGCACUGUACAGACAGACGCACCGAGACGGACAAGACCUGUUCCAGAAGCUGCCUCUGUGCGAGCGUCCGCUCCUUCUACGCUUGAUCGCCGGUCCGGAUCCUGAGCAGCUCAGCUUCGUCCUGAAGGAGAACGAGACGGGCGAGGUGGAGUGGCACGCCUUCUCUGUCCCCGAGCUCCAAAACUUCCUGGUCAUCCUGGAAAAGGAGGAGGCGGAGCGUGUGCGGGCAGUGGAACAGAAAUACUCUGCGUACAGACGGAAACUACAGCAGGCUCUGCAGCAGCUUGACCCCUGACCCCGGCGCUGUGACCUCACAACCUCAAUGCAGGGAAAACCCCGACUUCAGUUCUCUGCCGUCUAUUCCGAGAGUGGAACUUCUCUCGGCCAAACACAGACACACACAAACAACCCCGUUUUCUCAGGAUGCAUAUAAGUCCCCUCCCCACGCACCCGAGAACUUGGGGGGUGGAGGGGGGGUGUCUAGGUUUGACUGCUGUUCCAUCACCACGUUUCAUAUUUACCUUCGACUCUCGCGAGCUCUCUCAUGUUGAGGUGGAAAGAUUCCCGACAUUUUCUUCUUCAUCUGCUGCUGCUACUGCAAGUGUUACUUAUGCAUGAGUGUCUCUGCUCAUCCCACCACCCCCCACUCCACCCUGCUCAUACGCUUAGAAUGGAAGCAUGAUGACCUUUGUGACCGGACAAUCACAUUUCUGUUCUCUUCAUCGACGCUCUGAAUCUCUUGUGAAGGAAUUAGAAUCAGUUUGAAGGAAGAAGUAGGUCCUCUCACAUUCAGCACAACAUGACCUGCACCUUCAACAGUGAGUAGCACAACACCUUCAGACAAGUCUGAAUGUUUCUCACUGAAGAAGAAAGAGCUAUAGGCAAUAGACAAAGAUCUCCACUCAUACCUGCUGUUCUCCUGCUCUCACCUGGCUGCGGGCUUUGAGGAGAGACUGAAAGAACAAGAUUACAGUUGACAUGUUCCUCUGCCAGGUGUCUGAACGCUCCCCUCAAAAUAAGGUGAGGAGCUCAGUCAUUCAGGAGAGACUGAGAGUAGAACCACUGUCCUAUCCUCCACAUCUCUCUCUCAGAUGGACUGGGAACACCCCAGAUAUUCCCCAGAUGAAGAGGAUCUGAUGUGGAAGAUGGACAGUUUCAACUUGAUUCCCCUCCAAGUCAGUUUUUGCUGCCAAAAGUAUCCGACUCUAUUGAUAUGUAAUGAAAAAAAAAAAGGUUCAAUUUAGAUAUUUAGUGAAAAAUAGUUGAUGCUUCACAAAGACGUGUCAAAUUCACAGCCAUGUGGAUGAUGGGGAAUCUGUUCCAAUCAAAGCCAAACCUGGAGCACAGCUUGAUGUUUGACCAUGAAAUUGUGUUCAGGAACUCUGUGACGCUUAGAUCACAGAUCACACACAAACAAUCCUCUUCAGCGCCGUCCUCCGACAACUCGACACAACAACACACCUGACAACAAUCCAUGCGCUUCAGAAUGUGAGAGGAUCCUCGAACCAAAGACGUCACUGGAAGGUUUAUUGAAGAUGAUAACUGCUGUGUAAAAAUAGUUUGUUUUGCACUUUGUACUUGCUCUCAUCCAUCAAGCUGACUGUACCAAUGCAGCGCUGCAGACUCUGACAAUGAGACUAUAUUUCCAUCAUCAUUCCUCUGGUUCCUGUGUGUGUGUGGUUUGGUUUAUCUAAUCUUGUGUAGACCGAUUUUGGGCAAAACUCCUUAUUGUGGGGAUAUUUGGCUGGGUCCUAACAAGGUUAAGGCUAAAUUUGAGGAUGAAGUCUUCAAAAUAUCUUGGUGACUAUAAUUGGGUUUUGGGUUAGCCAUUUGUUUUGGAUGCUUUGGUUGAGGCGGAGAAGCUGGGGAAAGCAUUAUGUCAAUGUAAAGCUUCACAAUGUCCCACAGAUAGAAAUACAAACCUGUGUGUUUGAGAGAGAGACAGAGACUGUGUGUGUGUGCAUCAUGACCAAUGAUGAUAAUGUGAAAUGUGUUUGCAUUCGCCCAUUGGUUUGGUUGAGUGCACGUGUGAGGCAAUAGUUACAAUCGCACAUGUGAGGUUGAUGACAGACAUGCAUGUGUCUGGAGCCCCGCCCACCACUAUCCCCGAGCCUGCUGGCAGUGCCUUUCUCUCAUGUUCUCCCUGGUGUUGCACACAGGUGCCUAAAAGUGCGCUGGCAUGUGUGCAGAUGCUUUUUUUUCAGGGGGUGAUGUUAUCUUCUUUCCCCUUUGUUCCCUCUUUUUUGAUUGUCCCAACCAAAUGUGUGUUAUUUAUUUUUCGGUCAUCCAGAUGUUACAGAUGCUGAGAUUUAAUGGUUUAGAGCGACCUAUUUUCUUUUAUCUGUACAGAUGUGUACAUACAUUCAUUGAUAGACGGAAUAAACAUCAUGAUUAAAAAUGUGAUUUCCAUCA